CGCUGCUGUUGCAGGGACUUCAUUGACCAGCACUACGUGACUCUGAAGAAGGCAAACCCAGACUUCCCCAUCCUGAUCCGGGAGUGCUCGGAUGUGCAACCCAAGCUCUGGGCGCGAUACGAGUUCGGCAGAGAGAGCUGCGUGUCACUGGACAAUCUCAAUGUGGACCAAGUGGCCAAGGCCCUGGAAACCCUUGUUCACAGCAAAGCAUGAAGGCCAAGAGAACUGACCCCACACGUGCGGGGCCCUCGCCUGAAUGGGGUGGCUGGAGCAGCUGUACACCUGUAAUUGUAACUUAUUAAUCGCCUAUAAAAACGUGUCUGCAAACUG